CCAUUCUCUGCUCUCUCUCUGCAGUGUAGCGGGGAUUCUAAGGAAUAGGAUGUGAAAAAAGAUGGCGGAGCUGCAGAUGCUGCUGGAGGAGGAGAUCCCCGGCGGCCGGAGGGCCUUGCUGGACAGCUACACUAAUUUAGAGAGGGUUGCUGACUACUGCGAGAACAACUAUAUUCAGUCUGCAGAUAAACAGAGAGCUUUAGAAGAAACCAAAGCAUAUACAACACAGUCCUUAGCAAGUGUGGCUUAUCUGAUCAACACAUUGGCCAAUAAUGUACUUCAGAUGCUCGAUAUUCAGGCUUCUCAGCUGCGGAGAAUGGAGUCCUCAAUCAACCAUAUUUCACAGACUGUGGACAUCCAUAAAGAAAAAGUUGCUAGACGAGAAAUUGGAAUUUUAACAACAAACAAAAAUACCUCUAGGACGCACAAAAUCAUUGCUCCAGCUAACUUGGAGCGACCUGUCCGUUAUAUUCGAAAACCUAUUGAUUACACAAUUUUAGAUGACACAGGACACGGAGUAAAGGUCAGUACACAGAACAUGAAAAUGGGAGGUCUGCCUCGUACUACUCCACCUACUCAAAAGCCACCAAGUCCACCAAUAACGGGAAAAGGAGGAACCCUUGGGCGACAUUCACCCUAUCGCACACUGGAGCCUGUGCGCCCCCCUGUGGUACCAAAUGACUAUGUACCCAGCCCCACACGUAACAUGGCUCCCUCACAGCAACAGAGCCCUGUUAGAACAGCUUCAGUCAACCAGAGGAAUCGCACAUACAGUAGCAGUGGCAGUAGUGGAGGCAGUCACCCCAGCAGCCGGAGCAGUAGUCGAGAGAACAGUGGAAGCGGAAGUGUGGGAGUCCCGAUUGCAGUUCCUACCCCUUCUCCUCCAAGUGUUUUUCCAGCCCCUGCUGGCUCAGCUGGCACUCCUCCCAUUCCUGUUACCUCCACACCUGUCCCUGCCCCCCUUGCUCCUGCUACUGCCCCUCCCUCAACUACCCCAGAUGUUGCUGCAGGAGCUCAACCCCCUGCUGAUGGUUUCACCUCUCCAACUCCCCCUGCUGUUUCCUCUGCUCCUCCUCCUUCAGGUCACCCAGCUCAGUUUUACAGUAUGAAUAGACCAGUGUCUCGUCACAAUCCACCAGCAAUAGGUGGCUCUCUGCCAUAUCGUCGUCCUCCAUCAAUGACCUCACAGCCGAGCCUUCAAAACCAGAUAAAUGGAGGACCCUUUUAUAGCCAAAAUCCAGUAUCCCAUGCUGCUGCGCCGCCUCCUCCGUCUAUCCUGCAGGUUACCCCACAGUUACCUUUAAUGGGAUUUGUGGCUAGAGUACAGGAAAACAUCUCUGAGACACCACCACCACCGCCCCCUGCUGAAGAGCCAGUCUUUGAGGAAUCUCCUCCUCCGCCUCCUCCACCUGAGGACUAUGAAGAGGAAGAAGCUGCUGUUGUUGAGUACAGUGAUCCAUAUGCUGAAGAGGAUCCCCCUUGGGCACCACGGACUUAUUUAGAGAAGGUUGUUGCAAUUUAUGACUACUCAAAAGACAAGGAAGAUGAGCUCUCCUUUCAAGAAGGAGCAAUCAUAUAUGUCAUUAAGAAGAAUGAUGAUGGCUGGUACGAGGGCGUUAUGAAUGGGGUGACGGGGCUGUUUCCAGGCAACUAUGUGGAGUCAAUAAUGCACUAUUCCGAGUGAACAAUAUCCAACGCCCAAGCAAACUUCCCUGAACAGAAGCAGUUGAGGGCUUCUAUGAUAUACAUGAGCCCCUGGGGGGCCAAGUGAAUAGACUGAAGCAUCGUUGUAACUGUUUUGUUUUUCUUCUUCACAUAAACAAAGUGAUUUAAGUUUGAUCAAAACUGAUCUUCCUGGUGGGUUGUGGGCAUCGUGUGAUUGGACUGGCAAUAUGGAACACAUUGAAAAAGCAAGAUACUUAGCCAUUAUAAAUACUGUUUCAUGUCCAACCACUUUCUAUCCAAGGAUCUCAAGACCUGCUCAUGUCAAAUACUUUACCUAGCCAUUUACGGAUACUUGAUCUCAAAUAGUUUCUUCCUGUUUUGAGUACGCAGUUGAGAGAUGUUUUUUGGUUUUUGAGAAGUUCUAUACAACUGCCGUAUAACGGCAGAUAGGAGCCAAAUUAAACCCUCUGUUUUAUAAGGAUUCUACAGUUUCUCCCUCAUGCAGCAUUUUGUACAAAACAAUGUGUUUCCCCCCCCUUUAUCUCUCUUAUUCCUUUUUUUUUUAAAGGAAUGAUCACGUGGUUUACAGCAGCAAGUCCAUUGUAAUAAAGAGUUUGGCUUUUGCCUCAACAAACGUUAGAUUUACCUAUAUAGUUUUGCUUAUGUUUGACACGAAUGAGAAUUGCAAUGGACCUUUUUAGCAAGACUAUCACUAAAAACACAUGUCCAGUUUAAAUAGUUGGACAACUGUCAACCCUAAGACUCUAAGCAUACAACAGUGAAUCUAAAAACACAGCAGAAUAAAAUCAUACUGUUUGUUAAGUUUACUUCAAGACUUGUAAACUGUCAUGUAAGAAGUAUUACACAAAUUGCAGUAAAAUGUUUUGUGUGGUAUUGUUUAUAUUUAAAUACAGAAAUGCACAAAUUAAACAUUUGGACACAUGUAUGAAGAAUUGAA